AGACCAAAGUCAAAUCCUGCAUAUCCUAAGCCAGCGACAGGCCCGUGCGUUAGGCAGAAGCCUGCGGUUCACCUCUUUGUUUUUAAAUAAUUGUGGGAACAACUUGCAAUUCAUUUCAAUUAAUAAUCAUCAAAUAGAUCGGAGCGUUUUGAUACAGAUUUGCGGAACGACAAUAUCGGACUCGGAUUCCAUGAAAUAAUAAAAGGCUAUUACAAAGUAUUAACAAUACUAUCUGCUCCCUCUCUGGCCUGAUUUAGUUUAUCGGUGUGACAUCUAUUUCCAGAACUCUAUUCAUUUUGUUUCAGUCACUUUCCCCGGCGAUUGGCUUCCCGGGGCAGCGGCUUUCGUCAUUUCCGUUGCUAAGGUGAGAGGUCACCGGCAGCUUCCGGUAUUGGGUUGAGUUGUUUGCCGCAGGUUUUGAAACCUGCCCCCGGGACAAGGGGCGCCUUCACUGCGACAUGCUCGGCAGGACGGCCCUCAGGGGCUUCGCGGGGGCCCGAGGAAUCCUGUGCAGGAGGUUCGGCGCCUCACAGAGCCGGAGGGAUGGGGCUGAGAAUGAUAAUGAUUCUUUGAAAGAUGUUGCAGAUAAAGUUCGACCUCUGUACUUGGAUUUCCAGGCUACCACACCAAUGGAUCCUAGAGUGUUGGACGCAAUGCUUCCUUACCUUGUCAGCGCCUAUGGCAAUCCUCAUUCAAGAACACAUGCUUAUGGCUGGGAGAGUGAAGCUGCAGUGGAGAAAGCCAGAAAGCAAACAGCUGACCUGAUAGGCGCAGAUCCUAGAGAAGUCAUCUUCACCAGUGGUGCUACAGAAUCAAACAACAUUGCCAUUAAGGGUGUUGCAAGAUUUUAUAAAGCCAAGAAGAAGCACAUCAUCACAAGCCAGACAGAACAUAAGUGUGUAUUGGAUUCAUGCCGUAUGCUUGAGACUGAGGGUUUCGAUGUGACUUAUUUGCCAGUAAAGACCAAUGGACUUGUAGAUUUAAAAGAACUCGAGGAGGCAAUUCGACCAGAUACGAGUUUGGUGUCAAUAAUGACUGUGAACAAUGAAAUUGGAGUCAAGCAACCUAUAGAUGAGAUAGGUCGUAUUUGCCAAGCUAAGAAAGUAUUUUUCCACACGGAUGCUGCACAGGCUGUUGGCAAAAUUCCUCUGGAUGUGAACAAAAUGAAGAUUGAUCUAAUGUCUAUCAGUGGCCACAAACUUUAUGGCCCUAAAGGUGUGGGUGCAUUUUACAUCCGGCGUCGGCCCCGAGUACGAGUGGAGGCCAUUCAGAGUGGUGGGGGGCAGGAGCGAGGCUUGCGCUCAGGAACUGUUCCAACUCCUCUGGUGGUUGGGCUUGGGGCAGCAUGUGAGGUAGCCCAGCAGGAGAUGGAGUAUGACCAUAAGCAUGUGUCCAGUCUAGCCAAACGUUUGGUGAUGAAGAUAAUGAAUGGACUCCCUGACGUGGUUAUGAAUGGGGAUGCAGAGCAGAGAUAUCCAGGCUGCAUUAACCUGUCAUUUGCAUAUGUGGAAGGAGAGAGUUUGCUGAUGGCUUUGAAAGAUGUAGCUCUGUCGUCGGGAAGUGCCUGCACGUCAGCUUCUCUUGAACCUUCCUAUGUGCUGCGAGCAAUUGGUGCUGAUGAGGAUUUGGCACACUCCUCAAUCAGGUUUGGGCUCGGGCGUUUCACAACAGAGGAGGAGGUGGACUACACUGCAGAGAAGUGCAUCCAGCAUGUGCAGAGGCUGAGGGAGAUGAGUCCUCUUUGGGAGAUGGUACAGGAGGGAGUGGACCUAAAAAAUAUUAAUUGGUCUCAGCAUUAGAACAUCCUGAAAAAAACUGACUGUUGGAAUGUCGUCAUGUUCAGUGGCCAGAAGAUAGCCAAUUCGGGAUUCUGCUCGCAAUAAUCUGCGGAACAUUAUUAGUUUACAUAUGAAUAGGGAAACCACUAGUCUGGCCUUCUGAUAGAGGAACAAAUGUACCCGGACCUAUGACUUUCUAAGUUUGAAAAUGGAGCAGUGAUUCAUUUGACAAGCUGGAUGCAUUCGGAGCUGUAUGGUUAUAGGGCAAAAUGAACAGAUGAUUAAUUUUCAUGUUCCUUAAUGUCCUGCUAUAAGAAUACUACAACAUAACAGCCUGCUUUUUGAUAAACAUUUUAAAAUAAAUUCUGGAAAGUUAAAUUAAAAGAUCACCUGGACUCAACCAGCUUUUGUGAUUCAGUGGAGUCUCCCCAGUCUGUUUGGGAUUGAGUCAUACUCUGGGAGUAGAAUAGUAAAUUGGGCAAAAAUCUCUACAUCUUUAGUUUGGAAUUUUUACUUCUUGUAUGCCACCUUAUUGGCACUGAAUGAUACGCACAACUCAUUCCUUUGUCAUGUUGUUCUUUAAAACUUUGAGGUUCUCGAGACCCAUGAUGUAUAAUGGCAUGCUGCUUUUAUGAAAUAUCUGUACUUUAUUUCCCAACUUCACUGGUGUUUUCUGUAUGAGAUUUGUCAUUAAAAGUUUGUUUUAUGUCUUUCAAAUGGAUCCCUCAACGCAAAGUCAAUGUGCAGAGCCGUUGAUGCCAUUUAGUAAAUUAGAUGUAUAUUUUCUUCAAGCAAGUGAUUCUUGUACUGCCCAGAAUAAACCAUUUUGAAACCA